AUGUUCGUCGACCCAAUGCUGACGGUCCGCGCCCUCCAAGGCGUUCUGGCCUUGAUCGCCAUGGCGCUCGGAGCGACAGUCGCAAACGUCCUCAACACCCACCUACCACUCAACAUCGACGUCCCCCCCGGCGUGGUCUUCUACAUCUUCGUCGCGGUCUUCACGCUGCUCAUCGCGGUGCCCUACACGAUCCUCACGCCCCGCUACUUCCCGGUCCUCGCUCACCCGUUCGCCAUGCUCGUCGCCGAAACGACCACCUGCAUCUUCUGGCUCGCCAGCUUUGCCGCCGUGGCGGAUCGGAUCCGGAAGGCCGACCUCUGCGACGGGGAUGGCACGUGCGCGUCCGCCACGGGGAGUAUCGUGGUUGGUGUUUUCGAGUUGUGA